CACUGGCAGGAAUUCAGCAAUUAUUCUUAUUUUUAAUAUCAUAAUUUUCAUCAACGAUAAAUUGGCAUUUUUAAUGUCAUUGACAGGUUUUGGAUUAAUUUAAUAUAGGUUGUUGAAAUUUUUGUUUAAUAAUUUCAUAAACAGUGUAUUAACAACAGUUAAAUUUUAAGUGAUGAUCUUUAUUAAAUAAUGUCCAUAUCAAUGCACGCAGACCCUGUAGUACAAGAUAAUUAUGAAUCGCCAAGACACACUGUUCCUAAAUGUCGGAUUCCGCAGAGGUUGUCUCAAGUGCGACAAAGACCUACAACUACCAAACAAAGGAUAUUUAAUGGAAAUGAAAUUGUGCAACGACCAAAGUCGGCGAAUAGAAUGAAAGAUGAGCAACCAGUCUCCGGUAGGAUAACUUACGCGCCAGCAACUAGAUCGGCGCGACCGGAACGAGAAAGAAUUUUGCCAGCCACCAUGUCUACGUUAAAGAGACCACCGAUGUUGCCAAAACGAAUCGCUAAUGAAAACAUAAUUCCGUCAAAGACAGGAAGGUCUAUUAUAACCGUACCAGUGACACAGAGGCAAACAAGAAAAGAUAGUACUUUAAAAUACUGUGGCCUACCGACUCAAGAAAAGAUUAUGAAACAUGAAGAAAUGGAAUUGGAACAUAGUCCAGUACAAAAGGUUUUAAAGGAGAAUCAAUAACGGCACCAAGUGAUAAAGUUAUGCAACUCAAGAUUAAUUGGCAAGAAAUGACGGUACAAUUUGAAAAGAUGAAUAAUGAAUUGAAGGAUCGACAGAAAGCCAUAAUGCAAUUGUAUAUAAAUAUGCGAGAUACACAUAACAAAAUGAGUUCAUUGGGUCAUAAAGUGAGUUUGCCACAAAUGGAAGAUUUGAGUUUAAUGAACGUUACUAAAAUGACUCCCGAACAACUACUGCAACUGUGCUGCAGCUCUGAUCACAAAAAUAAUGAGAAAUCGCAGCGGCAUGAAACACAAAACUUGUCAAAGGUUCCAAUGAACAUUGACAUAAACAGAUUAUGCAAUAUGCCCACAAAAUUAGUUGCGACCUGUGAACAAACCCUGGCAAUGAGAAAAGAAAUUAUAGAUUGGUUCCAAACUUUAAUGUCGGAUGAAAAGGCUGUCAGUAUCAAAACACUCACAAAGAAAAUUAAUGAAUUCAAUGGUGAAAAUGAAAUGUUACGUUGCUCUCUUGAAAGAGUUAAAGCAGAAUUUCUUAAAGAGAUUAACGAGAUAGUUGGAUUCUUACGGAAAGGCGUGAAUGAGACAAUAGCUCUCCAAUUGCGCACGGAAGAGCUGACAUUUAAAGUAUCCGAGUUGAAUUCUCAGAACGCUGACCUUCGCAAACUAAUUCAUAACGCCGAUCAUCUUAAAUCACAUACGAACAGAGAAAGAAUUGAAGAGUUAGAAAAGGAACUGAAGGAAGAAAAAUGCAAGAAAAUAGUCAUAAGAAAUCGUUUAACACGCAAUGAAGGUCAGAUGAAGAUCAGUGACGAAAAAGCGGCUCAACUAGAGUCUGCAUUGAAACAAGCUCAGUCAAAAACAUGGUCAUUAGAGCGGACUGUCCAACAGUUACAUGAACAGAAUCAGAAAAUGCAGACUGAUUUUGAUAAAGAAUUGAACACACUGACCGAAUCAAUCAAAGAAAAUAUAACACAUUUAGAAGAAAUUGCCCAAGUUCGUGAGAAACUUCAGUCGGAAAAGAAAGAUUUAGAAAAAAGCCUUAGUGAAUUGUCAGAAUAUUAUAAUGAAUCCUUGAAGAAUAUUAAACAGGAGUUGAAUGCAAAUAUAGCAAGUCUUAAAGAAACAGAACAAAAAUAUUUCGAAGAAGUAGAAAGCAAGAAAAUGUUGCAAUCUAAAGUAGAAUCCUUGAGUUCUCAACUACUUGAUUGGGAAUUACGUUAUAAGGAUAUAUCAAAACUUUGCCAAGAGAAAGAAAUGCAACUAAAUAAAAUAACCAAUAUCCAGAAAGAGCUUGAUAGUACAAAAAAAGAAUUGGGAUUAGCAAAUUUAGAAAUUGAGAACUACCGCAAUAGAUUAAUAAACCAGGGCCAAGCCAUAGAAGAAAUCAAAAGGGAAUUAAACGAGACUAUUGAGUCAGACAAAACUGUGAAAAAUGAUCUAUCGAAAAAGGACGAAUAUAUUUCAGAAUUAGAGAAAAAACUAUUGCUGUUAGAACAACAGUUACAAGAGAGCGAAGCCAAAAUGGAAAUCUAUGAAAAUCAGCUAUCGUCACUCAAAAACCAUAUAUGUAAGCUGCAAGAAGAUUUUGGGGAAUUUGAUAACUUGAGCGACCUACAUGAUAUGAUAAAUCAACAACGAGCUAAAUUACUCGAAGCCACCAGACAAAAUGGAGAACUUGCGGAAGCCUUACAAAAGAAAGACAUAGAAUUGGAUAAUCAUAUUGAAAAAAUUAACGAUUUGGGACAAUGUCUAGAACAAAGAGACGGUGUGAUUAAAAUGAUAUCGGGAAAAGAAGAAGAGCAGGCUAAUAUAAUAAAAUUGUUACGAAACAAUUUGGAAAUGAGGGCUCAAGCAGAUACUGAUUUAACCCAACAGUUAGUAGAAAAGAACGCAGAAAUAGAAUCUUUGAUCACCAAUGUCGAUACUAGAAAACAACAAAUAUCUCAACUAGAGAAAAUUAUUCUGACCCUAGAAGAGCAAACUCGAAGAGCUAGCAAACAAAAAAAGGCAGACCAAGAUAAAAUAUGUUUACUUGAACAAAAAAUCGCUGAACUUGAAGCGUAUCAUAAUAUUACUAAAAAUAACAAUAUCGAGCAACCAGCAGACGCCUUAGAUAGCCUUCUCAAAGAUCUUGAAAAUGAGCUGGGAGGUCCUCUCGAUUCUCAACUCAGUGUUAAAGACCCCGAAUAUUUAAUACCUAAUAAUCAAUAUUGUGGGGAUCGUAAACUAAAUAAACUGAAGAAAUACGAAUGUAACAAUGAUGCAGUAUACAGAGCCGACCAUGAAUCAGUACCUACAAAAAUCGUAAUGGGUAACUUUGUAAAGAAAACAUAUAUUUCAUCAAAAGAAGACCAGUAUAAAGGCGAUAAUUUAGAUAGGAAAAAAGCUAUAACAAAUAUGGAUACGCAAAAGUGGAUUACCGCUCAUGGACCUGGCAUAAAUGUUUACGCUGAUCCUCCUUCGUUAAAAGAAAAUUAUACACCAAGAAGCAGAGCCCCGGUGGAUCUCACAAAUGAAAGCUUUAUAAAACACAAUUUACAGUUUUUGUCGCCUACACAAUUACGGGAAGAGAAAAAGUGCAAGAUGUUUAAAUUGGCUGGCCAUAGGUUGUAAAAAUUAUGUAAGUGACUGUAUUGUUUACCUCUUUAUGUGCGAAGUUUAUUUUAAUUUAAUAAAAUGUACACUGUUUUAUUAAA